AUGAGCUCUAGUGCUAUGGAGUCGUUUAACAAUUGGAUUCUUAAAGCUCGGGAAAUGCUUGUAUUUUAUUUAGUUGAUGAGAUUCGUCGCAAAAUUAUGAAGCAAAUGGCAUCUAGGAGAGUAAAGUCGAUGAAAUGGAUUUCAGUGAUUUGGCCGAAGAUGGAUAAGAAGUUAGCUCGCUUUAUCAAAAAAGGAAUGUCGUGGAGGAUCAUUAUGUCGAAGGGGGGUUUGUACGAGGUGCGCUGUCUUCCCCCUAAGGUAGUAUCUAUUGAGGAAAGGACGUGCUCUUGUGGUCAACGGCAGUCUACCGGUUUUAUGUGUAGGCAUGCUACAACGGUUAUUAUAAAAGCUUAUGGAGGGGAAGGAACUUUGGUGGACCACAUGGAUCCAUUAUACCUUGUUGAUGCGUAUCGGCAUGCAUAUGAAGAACCCAUAUAUCCAGUUGUAGAGAGUGACAUUCCUGAUUUUACACAGGAAGGUGACCGGGUUAUAAACCCUCCAUGGAAUAGGCGGCCAGCAGGUAGGCCCAAAGUUAAACGCAUUCAUUCAAGGGGUGAAGAGUCAUAUACCAGGCCAAAUAAAUGUGGGAGGUGCCAUAAGGCUACAAAGCACAACCAAAAAACAUGCAAAGAGCCAAGCGAUAUAUGA